AUGUUGAUGAGGCUAACCCUGCUCGUUUUUACCCUCAUUUUUGAGGCUGUCUGCUCUGAAGUAUACUCAGUGCCUCGCUUGGUGAUUACCCCGGACACCAAUCCAGUGCAAAAGCCUGCCGGUGCUCAGAUCCCACUCCUAUGUAAGGUCGAAAGGAUAUCGGAAGAUAUUCGUCCUGGGAUUAUCUGGGUCAAGCAUGACGGUCUAGAUAGAUGCUCUCAAUUUACAGAAAACUUCGACUUUGCUGAUAAAAAAACCGAUAUUGGCUACGUAAUGCCAUCUGCUGCUGUGAAUCUUAGCUGCGAGGUUACACCUUCUUCAGUGAAAGUUCGUACGAUGUGGACUCGUGGAGGAGUUCCUAUUGCUCAAGGUCUUUGUUUGCUUUAACU